AUGAGCGACAAAAAGGAAGAUUUCAAGGCUGGUAUCAUGGAUCGUAAACGGUCACCAAACCGAUUGGUGGUAGAUGAGGCAACAAACGAUGACAAUUCGGUGAUCGCCUUAAGUAUGUCCAAGAUGGAAGAGCUUCAGCUUUUUCGAGGUGACACCGUGCUUAUUAAGGGUAAAAAGGGUCACGACACGGUCUGCGUCGUUUUGCAGGAUGAGACUGUGGAUGAUAAUAACGUCCGCAUGAACAAAGUAGUUCGCAAGAAUUUGCGUGUGCGGCUUGGUGACGUUGUGGGGAUUCACACGUGUGGUGAUGUACCAUACGGCAAGCGUAUCCAUGUGUUGCCUAUCGAUGAUACGAUCGAAGGUGUAACUGGCAAUUUAUUCGAUGUAUACUUGAAACCAUAUUUUGUGGAGGCAUAUCGUCCAGUUAAAAAAGGCGAUCUCUUUUUAGUACGUCAGGCGAUGCAUCCAGUUGAAUUCAAAGUGGUGGAGACAGAGCCUGCUCCAUAUUGUAUUGUCGCACCUGACACAAUUAUUCAUUGUGAGGGGGAACCUGUACGUCGUGAGGAUGAGGAAAAAAUGAACGAAGUCGGAUAUGACGAUAUAGGUGGAUGCCGUCGCCAAAUGGCUCAAAUUCGAGAAAUGAUUGAACUACCGCUUCGUCAUCCUCAAUUGUUCAAGACAUUAGGCGUAAAGCCUCCACGUGGUGUGCUAUUGUAUGGCCCACCCGGAUCGGGUAAGACACUGAUAGCUCGGGCAGUGGCUAAUGAAACUGGCGCAUUUUUCUUUUUAAUUAAUGGUCCAGAGAUUAUGUCAAAAAUGGCGGGGGAGUCAGAGAGCAAUUUACGAAAAGCUUUUGAAGAGGCAGAAAAAAAUGCUCCAGCAAUUAUUUUCAUUGAUGAGAUUGACUCGAUUGCACCGAAACGUGAAAAGACAAAUGGUGAAGUUGAGCGACGUAUUGUGUCGCAAUUGUUGACUCUUAUGGACGGUCUUAAGCAACGCGCUAGUGUAGUUGUGAUUGGUGCAACCAACCGCCCAAAUAGUAUGGACCCUGCCUUGCGUCGCUUUGGUCGUUUUGACCGAGAGAUUGACAUUGGCGUCCCCGAUGAAAAUGGUCGUCUCGAAAUUUUCCGUAUUCACACACGAAACAUGAAGCUGGACGAUGAUGUGGAUCCGGAAAUGAUUGCUCGUGACACUCAAGGAUUUGUGGGUGCUGAUAUGGCUGCUUUAUGCACUGAAGCCGCACUGCAGUGCAUUCGUGAGAAGAUGGAUGUGAUUGAUAUUGAGGACGAAUCGAUUGAUGCUGAGAUUUUGGAUGCUAUGUCUGUGACCCAAGCUCACUUUAAGUACGCUCUUGGCGUGUCGAACCCUUCGUCGCUGCGUGAGACAACUGUAGAGGUACCUACUGUCACGUGGAAGGACAUUGGUGGCCUUGAGAGCGUCAAGCGCGAGCUACUUGAGCUGGUGCAGUACCCUGUGGAGCACCCUGAAAAGUUUGAGAAGUACGGUCUUAGUCCUUCAAAAGGUGUUCUCUUUUAUGGGCCACCUGGUUGUGGUAAAACUCUGCUGGCUAAGGCUGUGGCUAAUGAGUGUCAGGCCAAUUUUAUCUCCAUUAAAGGUCCUGAACUUCUGACAAUGUGGUUUGGUGAAUCUGAAGCAAAUGUACGCGAAGUUUUUGACAAAGCACGUGGUGCUGCUCCUUGUGUUUUGUUCUUUGAUGAACUUGACUCUAUUGCUCAGCAACGUGGCAGUAGCGCAGGUGAUGCGGGUGGCGCCGGUGACCGUGUUAUGAACCAGCUUUUAACGGAAAUGGAUGGCAUGGGUGCUAAAAAGAAUGUUUUUAUCAUUGGUGCGACGAACCGUCCCGACAUUAUUGAUCCCGCCCUUAUGCGUCCUGGCCGCCUGGACCAGCUUAUCUUUAUUCCAAUGCCCGACUUUGACUCGCGUUUGAGCAUAUUGCGUUCCGUUUUGCGCAAAAGUCCUGUGUCUAAAGAGGUUGAUUUAAAUUUCUUAGCCCAGCAAACGGACAAGUUCUCGGGUGCCGAUUUGACCGAAAUUUGUCAACGCGCUGCGAAGCUGGCGAUUCGUGAAAGUAUUGCUCGUGAUAUGGAGCGUGAACGCCUUCGUGCCGAGGCUGGUGAUGAGAUGGAGGAUAUUGAGGAGGAAGACCCAGUGCCUGAGAUUACGCCACGUCACUUUGAGGAAGCUGUGCGCAAUGCGCGCCGCUCCGUUAGCGAUCGUGAUUUGGCUCAAUACUCGACUUUUGCACAGACAUUGCAGCAGGCGCGUUCGCAUGUGACUGCAGGAGGAUCCUCGCUGGCCAAUUUUUCAUUCCCAGGCCGGAAUGUCAAUGCUGGCACAGCUGGCGGUGCUGCUGAGGCUGCCGAUGAGGAUGAGGAAGAUCUUUACAGCUAA